AUGUCGUCGCAACCCCAAACCGAUGUCAACACUCUGUUGCACAACAUGCAGCAGCAGAUCUUGGCAUUGACCACGCAACUUGCUGAGCUGCAGCCCCACCCCCCUGCGGCAACCCCCUCAGUUGAGAAAUUCAAGAAGAAAGUCAAAGUUGUCGCUGACCCUGGUGCCUUCAAAGGAGAUAGAGCACAAUUUGCCGAAUGGUGGAUCAAGCUCCAGAUUUGGGUCAAGGCAAACUGGGACGUGUUUGCCAAUGACUUUGAGAUAGCCACUGCAGUGGCAGGACCACCACCAAAACCAAACUAUUCCCAGAGAAGCCCUGGCUCAUCAAACCAAAAACACAAUCACUCUCACGGGUUCCAACCAUUUGAGUUGCAACCAGGGCAGGGAGCUCCUAUGGAUAUUGGCGCAGUCCAGGGCGGACAGACGCGCAGAUUCACUUGCUACAACUGUGGCGAGGAGGGGCACAUGGCCCAAAAUUGUACAAAUGGAGCGCAGACUGCUCACCAAAAAAAUAACCAAGGGUGCCAGGCGCGCCAAUUAGAAGCAGAGAAACCAGAUGAUUGGCUCACUACUCUGGCCGGUCAUUCGUAUGACGAAAUCCGAGCUUUCUUCUAUGACCAACAGGUCAACAAGAUGAAAGCCCAGGGAAAAGAAUUUGGAGCUUAG